AUGGCAAACUCCAACGCCCACAUGAUUACACAUAUGAAACAGCAAAUCGAAUUUCUCGAGUACCAGAUCGAGUUCUGUGCGGUGCAGAACCAGCUGCUGUACCACGUCCUCUCCGAGUCUCAUUUGUUCGCCCCGUACAGGCUAUGGAGGGACAGAUUCAUGUUUACCCCAAAGUCUCACGAUCAUGGGUUCGCCGAUGGCUUUGUGGAGUGCUACACAAUGUAUCAGAGGGAGAGAUCGGCGCUGAUCAGCUAUGUCUUUGGGCUGAGGCAGAAACUGGAGCAACUUGCCAGGUUUCUGGUCCGCGAGGAAACAGAUUGUCUGCCGUCAAAGGUUUCUCUCUCUUCUAGUAGCUUUCCCUCCGCCUCGAUCUUGGCAGGCACCACUCAUUUCCCGCACCCGGGAUCCGUCCAUCGAUACUCCUCCUACUCCACCUGCAGACAGUUCACGAAGCGGUUUGUGCAUAGCGCUGGGCCCUUGAAUUCCAACUCUACACAGGUUACGUUAUCCCCUCGUCACAAAAAAAUAAAAACUCAGAGAGAAAAGCAAUGGGUGUGGGCGUGCAAGUGA